ACUUCCGGUGCUUUCCAGACAAGAAGGAAGUCGCGCUGCGCUGUGUCAUCCAGAUUUGAAGCACAUUGAUCAGACUACCUUGAAACACUGUCAUACGGCGGCAACGACCUUCAUUCUGGAAGGAGUAAAGCAGAAUGCAGAUAAAUCAACAAUUAGCUCGUGUCUUGAGGACGUCAAGUUCUUGAAUGAGAGAGUGGACACAUUUUAUAUUUCAUUCCAGAAAAACAAAAGAAAAUUGGAAUCUUUCUUAUCAAGCAUUGAUACAUGGUCCUCCCCAUAUAACGGAUGCUGAAUGGCGUCUUGAGUAUUGUAUAAAGAAUAGUCAUGUACAUAAAGUCAACCAGCCGUCCUACCUGAUUUCCUUAAACACCGAGAGGGCUGGCGCUUCAUCGGAAAUUAAUUUUAGUUGCACCAUGGAUCAACUUCAGGGUCGUUUCCAUCCCAUGACGAUGCAUCGUACAACAAGGAUCAAGAUUACGGAGCUCAAUCCCCAUUUGAUGUGUGUCUUGUGUGGUGGAUAUUUCAUAGAUGCAACAACAAUCAUAGAAUGCUUGCACUCAUUUUGUAAAAUGUGCAUUGUCCGGUACCUGGAAACCAGUAAAUACUGUCCCAUAUGUGAUGUGCAGGUCCACAAAACAAAGCCACUUCUCAAUAUUCGGUCUGACAAAACUCUACAGGACAUUGUAUACAAGUUGGUUCCUGGUCUUUUCAAAAAUGAAAUGAAACGUAGGAGAGAUUUUUAUGCUGAACACCCGUCUGUUGAUGCUGCAAAUGGAUCAAAUGAGGAUCGAGGAGAAGUCGCUGAUGAAGACAAGCGAAUAAUCACAGAUGAUGAAAUUAUCAGUCUGUCAAUUGAGUUUUUUGAUCAAAGGUAUGUGAUUGCAUAUGUCUGUAUAAGUGAAUUUUUCUGUCAGUGUAUCUGUCUGUGCUGCUACAGUUUUAAAAACGUGGGCAAGGAGGUUAAUAAUAAAAGAUACUUACAGUGCCCUGCUGCCAUGACUGUGAUGCAUUUGAGGAAAUUUCUGAGAAGCAAAAUGGAUAUACCUCCUACUUUUCAGAUUGAAGUUAUGUAUGAGGAUGAGCCUUUGAAGGAUUACUACACAUUAAUGGACAUUGCCUACAUCUACACUUGGAGAAGAAAUGGACCACUGCCUCUGAAGUACCGCGUGCGGCCCAGCUGUAAAAAAAUGAAGAUUACCCAUCCACAAGAUGGCGUGAACAAUACAAACCGCUCUGAAAGCGACUCAGCCAGCGAUAAGGCUAGCAGUCCCGCUGGAGUUCCAUCCACCUCCUCACCACUACCGAGUCCAAGCACACUGGUUCAGCCUUCACAACCUCAUUUCACCCAUCUUAACAAUCCUGUUAACGGCACGACGAUGACAAGCCCAAAUCGACAGUUCAGCUUUGGCAACAAAGUGCGAAAGACAGCGCUGAACGGAUCUUCCGCAUCGUCAGGAUGAUGAGGGACUACAAGAUAAAGCCAACGCCAGAUAUAAUCCAGCUAAUUCAAUGCCAACGUAGUGUCAUGUAGAUCCAGUACUUUUUGUCAUUAUCAAUAUAUUCUACAUGUAACUUUAACGUAGUGAAAAUGACACACUUCUUUCAACACAUUGCUGGAAUCGCUAAGUUUGCGUGAGAACGUUAGAGGCCCAUUUGAUUGCAACGUGGAGCGCAGAGCGACGGUUGUGGCAUUUUACAGAAUGCAGAAAUGACUGAAUUAUUCCUACCUUUUUAUAUGUUUUUACUUUCGGUCUACAGUUUUCCUAAACAAAUCACGUUAUCUGUUGCUUGUAUUUUACAUGUGUAUUAUAAUGUUCUUUAAAAGCAUGAUUAAAAAAAAAAAGCAUUUACUUUUGAUUUUAGUUUGCCUUUUCUGGGGUAGUUACUAAACAUUCCUGGUAUAUUCUGGCCUUUAAUAAUGUAUCAAAGAAAGGCAUAUAUAUAGUUCAAAAUUAAAGGAUAAAAUACUAUAUUAGAACUGCGUGUUAAAAGGGAUGAAGAAAUGCAACGUUACGUUGUAGUCGGCGUCAUAAUUUUUAUUAUUCAAAGUUCUCGGAAAUUCAAGUGAUUUGCUCCACUUUGCCGGUUCAGGUUCUUCAGUUUGGUCUCGAGGUCAUGCUCCAGUUCUGUAUAGCAUGCACAUAGCCUGUAGCCUAGGCCUAUAUUUCAGACUGCUUUUAAGCUAUUACAUAUAUACGAAUUUGUCAGAAGACAAACAGCCACUGUUAUACCCCAAACUUCUCAUUCUGGACAAUAUUUUGAUGUCUUCAGUGUUCAUUGUCUUAUUGGUCGAUUGUAGACUAUUGACAGCUAUUGUAUUGUGACUGUUGCACAGUAAAACAUCUAAAUAAAACAUUUUACACUUUCAAAA